UGACUUCAGCGGGCAGCAGUGAUGUCAUUGUGAUGUCAAUGCCUGUAAUUGUAAUCGGGCUGCAGAGUUGAUGAGUGACUGCUCGUAUGCAGAGAGAGAGAGCAGAGAGAGGGAAAAGGAGACGGAGAGAAAAGAGGGAGAGAGGGAGAGAGGUUUCAGUGGAGCAGGAAUAAAGAGUGUUUUCACAUUGAGGUGUUCUGCUGCCGUGGGGCUGGAUUAUUGGAAACGAGAGAUGGCUGUAACCGGGGAUGAGACUGAGUCAGCCGCCACAGGAGACAUCCCCGCCUACCAGCUGCGGUCGCCCAACUCGGGCCUGGCGCAAAGCAUCGUGAUGGCUGCGUCCCCGGGCACCAUGCAGAGCCCGUCGUCACAGCACGCCGAGGAGAUCACCCGCAAGAGGGAAGUCAGGCUGAUGAAAAACAGGGAGGCAGCUCGUGAGUGCCGCAGGAAAAAGAAAGAGUACGUCAAAUGUCUGGAAAACCGCGUGGCCGUGUUAGAAAACCAAAACAAGACCCUGAUUGAAGAGCUGAAAGCACUGAAGGACAUUUACUGCCACAAAGGCGAGUAGCGGCGGCUGUUUGUGGUCACGGGCUGAAGACAGUGGCGUUUUCAAACUGCUGCAG